CAGUAGACUGAGUCCUCUCUGUUAGCCCCAGGCUCUUACUGUGGUGAAGCAAUAAUCAUAUCAGACAACAGGUCGAAGCUUAUUAUCUGUGGCUCGAUACCAGCCAUGGGCUUUCCAGGGAACAGGGGCCCCAGCAACUGAAUGAGAGAGAGAGAGAGAGGGAAGCUUGCCUCAGUUGGAAUACUGGGACAGUUUCUUUUGGCUUUGUAAUGCAGAUGGAUGGACUAGUCAACUGGCCAUUGGGACUGACUCUCCUCUGGAUGUUUUGACUUCACCACUUCUGGCUGUUAGCUCUGCCAUCCACUUGACCAAAGGAAAGACACCUUCACAUCUCUCAGAACAUCUCAAUAGACAAGAGUGAACAGUUGUUUCGUUGUUGUAGCGGAGUACUGGACUGUGUGAGUAGACCCCAGAGGACACUAGCUGGACCGUGGUCCUGCCAUGGGGAAGACAGGGCAGAGCACAGUGGACCUCAACUCGCCCACAGAGGUCAAGCAGGCUGUGCCGUUCGAGGAGCUGAACCACAACAUGACUCUUCCUGCAGAAGAGAAGAAACCGGACCUUCCUGAUCGGGGAACCUGGAAGGGCAAAUUUGACUUCCUGCUGUCCUGCAUCGGAUACGCCAUUGGCCUGGGGAACGUCUGGAGGUUCCCCUACCUGUGUGGCAAGAAUGGAGGCGGAGCAUUUCUGAUCCCGUACUUUACUACACUGAUUUUUGCUGGGAUUCCUCUCUUUCUGCUGGAGACAGCACUCGGACAGUACACUUCAGUGGGUGGAUUAGGGGUGUGGAAACUUAUUCCCAUGAUGAAAGGUGUAGGUCUGGCUGCUGCUGUUUUGUCCUUCUGGCUCAACAUUUAUUACAUCAUCAUUAUCGCCUGGGCACUCUACUACCUGUUCAGCUCCUUCAGAUCAGAACUGCCAUGGCAGAGCUGUGAUAACCCCUGGAACACUGAGAACUGUUUUUCUAACUACAGCCUGCCAGACACCACCAACCUGACCAGCGCAGUCACUGAGUUCUGGGAGAGAAACAUGCACCAGUUGACCAAUGGCCUGGAGGAGCCGGGGGAAUUGCGCUGGCCACUGGCUGGAACUCUAGCCCUGGCCUGGGUCCUGGUCUACUUCUCUAUCUGGAAAGGGGUGGAGUGGACCGGAAAAGUGGUGUAUUUCUCUGCCACUUACCCUUACUUCAUGCUCUUCAUCCUGUUUUUCCGAGGGGUCACUCUCCCCGGCGCUAAAGAUGGCGUUCUCUUCUACAUCACUCCUGACUUCAAAAAGCUUCUGAAAUCAGAGGUGUGGCUGGACGCUGCCACUCAAAUCUUCUUCUCGUAUGGUCUAGGUUUGGGCUCUCUGAUCGCUCUGGGCAGCUACAAUCCCUUCAAUAACAACGUCUACAAAGAUGCUGUGAUCGUGUGCUGUAUAAAUUCCUUCACCAGCAUGUUUGCCGGCAUUGUCAUCUUCUCCAUUGUAGGAUUCAUGUCCUACAUCACCAAAAAACCUAUCCAGGAGCUCGCUGCUUCAGGCCCAGGUUUAGCGUUCCUAGCCUAUCCCCAGGCAGUCACUCAGCUGCCCAUGUCAUCCCUGUGGGCCAUCCUGUUUUUCUCCAUGCUUUUAAUGCUGGGACUGGAUAGCCAGUUCUGUACUGUGGAAGGUUUCAUCACCGCUCUGAUGGACGAGUACCCCACCGUUUUGAGAAAGAGGAAGAAAGUGUUCAUCCUGAUUGUUUGCAUUAUAUCCUUCCUCAUUGGCUUGUCCAACAUCACACAGGGUGGCCUGUAUGUGUUCAAGCUGUUUGACUAUUACUCAGCCAGUGGGAUGUGCCUCCUCUUCCUGGUCUUCUUUGAGACAAUCUCCAUAGCCUGGUUUUAUGGAGCAGAUAGGUUCUAUAAUAACAUUGAGGACAUGAUUGGCUACCAGCCGUGCAGCUGGUGGAAACUCUGCUGGCUCUACUUCACACCGCUAAUCUGUCUGGGGGUUUUCACCUUCAGUGCCAUAGAGAUGACCCCUCUGACUCUGGGGAAAUACGUGUACCCGGCCUGGGGGCAGGGCAUCGGCUGGCUCAUGGCCCUCUCCUCCAUGCUGCUCAUCCCAGGAUACGUCAUCUACAUGUUCUUCAGCACCAAGGGCAGCAUACGCCAGCGCUGGCACAAAAUGACCACGCCCACUGAGGAGAUCCAGACAGACAAGGACUUCACAGGGCAUCAAACAAACAUUGGCGAAGCUUCCGUCUGACAUUUUUCCUGUCCCGGGUUCAGUGAAGGCCUACUGGGAAACUAAAGAAAAGCAUCCUGGCUAACAGCACAGCACCAGCACUGCUUCCUUCUACACAUCUCUUUCACUGUGAGCUGGAGAGAGUCUACAAAAAAGACUAAACUGAACUGAAUAUACGCUCAUGCCUAUUUUCCAGUCACUUUCAAUUCAAAGCAUUUGCGUGACUCGCAGUGGGCAGACUGCCAGUGUUUAAUCUGAAUGUAUAAACCAAUUUCUCUGCGACAUGGACAUGCAAUUACAAAAUAUAUCCAUGCAGGAGAGGCAUUUUUCAAGCUUUGACCUUUUUCGUGAGCGUGUAAUGGAUGGAGUGUUUGUGAUUCUGGGCAACAUCUUCAAAGACUCAAUGUCAUCUAAAUUAUACACAGCUUAGCACAUUUUGAGAGACUGCAUGACAUUUGGGCCAUACCCAAUACACAACCACAUAAAAGAGCCACAUUACUGUGAUAGUAUGAAAGUAACCAGUGGUGAACCUUCUAUUCAUCUAUCCAUGCCCCACGCACAAAUGUGGUUCUUCAUAGCAGUGUUGUUUUACUUACACCUCGCUACAUAACAUUGAUAUAACCAGUGAGAGAUGUUUGAAGUUGAUAAAGCUGAAACAUUGGGGAUUAUCUUAAUAUUUAUUUAAAUAAAUAUUUUGUCUCCCCAAACCUCCUGCAUGGUUUUUUUUACCACUCCUCUCUGGUGGCUAGUAAAUGGGAUAUCCUCGCAUGUAUACCUCAUUAUUGCAUGUGUUUUUUUCCUGUUGUAGUACCAAACUGCCUGCCACUAUACAUUUUAACUGUACAUAAAACGACAGUCUGUGAUGGGCUCUUUCCUCUCAAGGUAGGCGGUUCUUGACCACAUUACAGAGAAUUUCAGACCAAGCCUUUUUAAACAUAAAGCGCACCGCUUCUUGUGCUUACAGCCAGAAGAAUACUUAUCCCAGGUAUGCAAACGCUUGUAGUACUCUGAGCGUAGCAGCAAGAGGUGGUAUAGUGACAGCCACGCUGUCUUGUCCUGCUAGCAUACUUUUACCAGUCAACUCUCACGGCAGAGUCUCUCACAGAGGUAUUAAGUGAUACAUAAUCACCUGUUCACUCCAGCAGGACAAACAAAUCAAACAAAUCAAGCAAACGUUCCUCUGUUGUCUCAUGUUUAGUUGUUUUGGCUGUUGGUAUAACAGUAAGUCAUGUCCACAGAUGCUCUAAAGUUCAUUGACUGCCCCUUUGAAAACCAAGUGUUUUAACUGUAAUGUAAAAUGCUUGCAAUGCAUUGGCCAGACUUUGUCCUUUGCCUUCAUGUUGAGUAUGUUUCUGACCUAAAAAGAGACCUGAAGCCUUUCUUAGGGUGCAGGUUAAUGCAUAUAAUGCAAGACGGAAGACAAGGAAAAUGUCAUAUAUACCACUAAGUAGCAAAGUUUUUCAUGUGUUCAGAAUGUGAUAAUAUUGUGUGCAGUGUUGUACAGGGCCAGACAUUCAAACACAACCAAUUCUAGCUUUUCCUUCAUGUUGGAUGAGUGAUUAAAUAAAAGGUUGACACUUUAUUUUGGGUGGUCCGUUUACAAACACUCAACAGACUCUCAGUCACACGUCAGAAACAUUUGAGGGUUAGGAUUAGGUUUUGGGUGGAGGUUAAGUUUAGGGUUAGGAUUAGGGCCAGGGUUAGGGUUAGGUGUUAGGUAAGGUUAGGUUUUGCUUAAUGGAAGUAACAUAUUAACAAAACACUACUACUUCAGUGGUAUGUCGUAGAUGUGUAACUGAUAAUCCGUUAAGAGUUUAUUAAUCACCUACAAAAGACCACUCAAAUAAAGUGUUACCAACAAAAGGUAUCCUUAAUGUUGAAUGGACAGUUGUGGAUAAUGAGGUGCUCUUUCAUGGGUUGAUGGUUCUCUAACUUAAAUGUGCAGCUUAAAAAUGCAAAGCCCAGGCAAGAGGAGCAUUUUCAGUUGUUUCAGUUGUUUUUCAGUUGCUCCAAAGAUGACAAUGAAAAAAACGAGUACUUGAGAGAGACUGAAAAUGAUACACAGAGGUCUGGUCUGUGACACUACUGUUAGCAUUGUGACAAAUUUCUCAUUGUCAUUUCCAAUCUGCCAUGUUUUGAUUAGUCACAAGAACACAGUCCAGUUCGGUAGCCUAGCAUUUUAAACUGGGCACUCAACAUUAUAUAGAGACAAAAACAACAAAAUGGUCCCAUUUGAAUAAUUUCCAUAUUCUGACAACUGACCUGUGCACUACACAUUUCUCAUUAGGCUUAAUGGGAUUUUUUCUAAUGUUCUGUAAAGCUUGUCCAAUCUAGUAACAGGACGCAUUUGUGGGCAGAGCAUGGAUAGGCCGAUUCCACCUGAGACAUAGUUUUAAUCCUCUGAGGCAUCAGAUCAGAUUGAUCUGCCUGAAUCAGCACCACCUUUGCUUGUAGUAAAAGGGCUUUUUGACCUAAAUCUGUUUAAAUGACCACCACUGAAUACUUGUAUGUAUGUAUAUGUAUGUACAUUCAGUAGCAUUCAUUUGAAGAGAGUUAUUCAACCUUCCAUGAAUGUUGUAAAGACUAAGUUAAACUGUUGAUUUCUGAUCAUAAUUUUGUACAUAUUCUAAAGGUUGUCAAUGAUAAGACUGAUUAACCCUAAAGACGUUUCAUAGUCAUGUUGUGCAAGUGUGUAUAGCUGCUCCUUUCAAACAGAGUAUGCACAAUAAAACACUAAAAGAUUUUA